GCAUACCCUGCUACAGUGGACCUUCUGCCCACAGCAAUUGAAGGUGACAGCUGCGGACUUUGGACAUCACAUGUAAAAAUAUUGUCAGCAGUAUAGUCUCAUGGACUCCAAUCGUCACUGCACUGAGAAAUACUACGGUGACAAACUGAGAUAAGACAAGUUCAAACCCAAAUCAGAUAAGGUUACCAUUAUACAAGAAGGAAGUAUCUGUAUUACUCAACCUCCAACACAAAACUCUCCUUUAUUCCCCUUGAUCUCUCUGUUGGUCUUCACUCAUUUGUCAUUUCCCAUGGAGUCUCUGUCGUCACCUUUCCAUUCAGGCCGAGUCAGCCAUAUCUUACAAGUGGAAAAUGAACAUUCAAGCAAGGGAUCUCGUCGUAAAAGGGAAUUCAUACCUGAAGAGAAGAAGGAUGCCCUCUACUGGGAGAAACGUCGUAAGAACAAUGAGGCAGCCAAACGGUCACGGGAGAAGAGACGGAUGAAUGAUUAUGUGCUGGAGAGUCAUCUCAUGGCCCUGAAAGAAGAAAAUGCCAGGCUUAGCACUGAAUUAAUGGCCAUCAAGAUGCACUUUGGCCUGGUUCACCCAACAGCGUAUACCGCCCAUCAGAGUAAUCAACUGCAACACAAUGUCCAUAGCAGCACGCCACCUAUCAGUGCCACAAGCACACAUUACCAGUCCCUGCAGAGGGACUACUACUGGGGUGGUAGAAACUCUACUGUUAUGCCAAGCUGCCAACCGUCUCACCCAGUUUUCAUCCCUGCUUAUGCUCUCCAAUCCAUGAGAGGAUAUCCAUAUUUUAACACAUCCUGUACUACAGGCUCUGGCCUCCUCACUCCCCUUGUCCUCCCUCAAAAUUUCCUGCCCACCCAUUCAUCUCGUCCUGGAGCCCCCUUGCUGAAGCCCAUUCCUACGAGGGCCACCUCAGAUGAGGAGGAGGAGCAGCAGGUCCCAGGGGUGUUGUCCCUAUCCUGCUCUGCUCCACCUUGCAAAAUCACAUCCAGAGGACACAGAAACUACUCUCCACUAAAACAGUACAUGUCCGACUGAUAUAGAAGGGUCUAUCUACUGCACAGUUGUCAGAUUGACUGACUGAGAAACAAAUUCUCCAUUUCUUUUUUUAUGUACAUUAAAUAUUCCUGCUGACACUGUAAGAGCUCUAUUUUUGAGAAUUGACAUAUUUUAUUCAAAGAAGCACUGUUAAAGUACAUAGUCCGUGGAAACCUCCACACUUUUUGUGUCACAGCGCACAGACAGUUCUAUGUUGGAUGAUAAACAUUCGCACUGCAGCCACAAGAAGAAAAGAACAUUUUGCCCAUAAAAAAAUUAGUACGCUUUUGAAUAGAACCCAUUCAUAUUGAAGUUCACAGCAUGCCCUGCUGUGACAUAAAAAUAGCUCUGAAGUUACUUCAGCUCUUCUCUGUGUGUACUUUCUUCAGCAUGUCAAGGUCCAGCAGAUUUUAACUGUGGGUUAUGAAUAUGAUAGCAGGUUUCACUGAUUUUAGCUCACCAUUUCUCGCUUUAGAGGACUGCUUACAAUUCAACCACUCCUAAGUGCAAAAACAUGAGCCUUUGUUUUGACAUGGAUUAUUGUUGAUGACAUCUCUGAUCAGACCAUACAUGUAUCUAAUGUCAAUUAGUAUUUUCUAAUUGUACUAAUGUACAUCUGUUAACCACCAUCAGUAGUCUUGACUAGAUUAAUGCAGAAUCAAGUAUUUCCCUUCUAUUGCCAUAUGAUGAAAUGCAGUUGAAAACAUGUCUGAAUCCCGACAGUCUUUUGAAAGAUAAACUUGUGAACUAAGAAAACGACAACACAGGGUUGCACCCCAGACUGAGAUUAGAUUUAGAA